UUGCGACGUACAGACAUGGCGUUUGUUUCUGUUUGCUAAAGUAGCUGCAUACAAAUCAUAUGUCAAUGAUCAUAAUACGUCCAUGAUACAAAUACACACAAGUCUGCUAUUUUAAACACAUUUGGAUAUUAUUCAACGGUGGAGGCUGUGUUGUGUGUCAUAUGCGUCCAGUAUGAGCGGGGGUUUGGCACCAAGCAAAAGCACUGUGUAUGUGUCAAACCUGCCAUUCUCUCUUACCAACAAUGACCUACACAAGCUAUUCACCAAAUAUGGAAAAGUUGUAAAGGUUACAAUCGUUAAAGAUAAAGACACUCGCCAGAGUAAAGGGGUGGCGUUUGUUCUCUUCCUGGACAGAGAAUCUGCUCACAACUGUGCAAGAGCAGUGAAUAACAAACAGUUGUUUGGCAGAACAGUGAAAGCUAGCAUUGCCGUAGACAAUGGGCGAGCAACUGAGUUUAUAAGAAGACGGAACUACACAGACAAGACCAAAUGUUACGAAUGUGGGGAUACAGGUCAUUUGAGCUACGCAUGCCCCAAAAACAUUCUGGGAGAGAGGGAACCUCCAAAGAAGAAGGAAAAGAAAAAGAAGAAAAAGGCUGACCAACCUGAGCAUGUUGAAGAAGAAGAAGAAAGUGAAGAAGAGGGAGAGGACCCAACCUUAGAUAGUCUGAGCCAAGCAAUAGCUUUUCAGCAAGCCCGUAUUGAGGAAGAGAACGAAACACAGAAGAAGCAGGCACGCUUGUCUCAAGAGGAAGGUGCUCACGCUUCAACAUCCUCAGACUCUAAGAAACCAAGGAUCAAAAAGAGUACAUACUUCAGUGACGAGGAGGAGCUUAGUGACUAAUAAUAAUAAUAAUAAUAAUGAUACACAGCUUGGACAUAAGUCGUUUGUCAAAUAUUGCUUUAUGUUUGUAAAUUAUAUUGUAUUAUAGUGGGGAUGCUUUCGUUGACACUGAUGAAUUUACAUUUUCCUCUUUUUGUAACUAAGACAUUUCCUGUUGUUGGAUUGAUUGAGUGAGCAUAUGUGGUGUUUCUCAAAAUCAGUCCGUCAAUAAAACUUUGUUUCUUAAUGACAUACCAAA